CACAACCGAGCGAACCUUGAGUUCCGAGGGGAGAUAAGAGCGAUUGCAUUUCAGACUCUCCUCCCCGUCUAAGAGGCAUGACCUGAACCCGAGCCGGCGCCCCUUAUUCAGUUCAGUCUCGUUCGAGAUUUUCAGCGAUAGACACGUCUUUCGUGCACAUCAUUACAGUAAUACAUACUUAUUUAGCAUAUCCGCGUAUAUGUGCACGCAAGUAAUCGCCAAGAUGGCAUCUACUCCCGCACGAAAGCUACAACAGGUCACCUACGAAAAGCGUCUGGAAAUCGUUCAGAAAUUAGAAGCAGGCGUCACCGUUGAUCAGCUGGUCGCCGAGUAUGGUCUGGCCAAGAGGACUAUACAGCGUUAUCGACAAAACGCGAUAUCGAUACGGCAGAAUUUGGAGAAUUCCAACUGUUUACGUUCGAAAAGAAUACGACCGCUGCUGCACGAUACCGUUGAUACUCGGCUGUACACGUGGUAUUUGGAGAAGCGAGCGUUAGGCGACAUCCUGAGCGAUAGUCUUCUGAAGGAGAAAGCGAUGGAGUUGCACGCAGAAUUCGGCGAAAGCUCGAAUUUUGCAGCGAGCAACGGCUGGCUCGAAUGCUUCAAAAACAGACACAACAUACGUCUCGUGGGCGUUUACGGGGAGACUGCUGAUGCGAAUGAAUUAACCGCAGAGAAAUUUCAAGAGAAGUUGAGACAAGUACUAAUCGAAGAGAACAUCGACGAAGAAGAUGUUUAUUAUAUGAAUGAGACGUGCUUGAUGUGGAAGGCUCUUCCGCAAAAAGCACUGUUUCAAGGAGAAGAACUAUGUUUAAGCGGUAGAAAAAUAAAGAAAGAUCGCGUUACUGUAGCUUUCUGUGCUAACGCCACUGGCACGCACAAGCUGCCACCCCUUUUCAUUCACAAGUACGCAACUCCGAAAGCUCUGAAACACUGCAGGCAUUGUCUACCAGUGGUGUACCAAACUGAACAGAAUGGCUACAUUAACGAAGUCCUUUUUAACGAUUGGUACACCAAUCACUUCAAACCCAGUGUGAGGCAACACCAGUUACACCAGGGUCGCGCAGGGAAAGUGUUGUUGUUGGUGGACAAUUGUAGAGGGCACACGCUUGCCGAAAAAGCGCGGGAAGAUCCUCAAUUCAAACAACUCUAUCUACCAUCUAACACGGCCGCGUUGAUACAGCCUAUGGACCAAGGAAUAACCGCUAAAUGCAAACAAAUAUUUCGACACAAACUUCUACGUCGGGUUUUGCAACACACUAACGGUAUUAAACAGUUUUACGGCGAUUACGACAUUAAAGACUGUAUAGAUUUAAUCGCCGAGGCGUGGAAAGGAAUAACGUCGACGAAUAUUCAGACGUCGUGGAGAAAACUUUUGCGUCGGCCGCCUGUGGACGAGACCUACGAAAGCGAAGAUACGAAUACUUUUAUCCAAGAAGAUUUACAGGAAUUUCAAGACACGAUUCAGUACAAUGAUGUGGUGAACUGGAUUUCGGAAUGUGAGAAAGAAGAACGCGUGAUAACAGAAGAGGAUAAUAUGAAUUCUGAGCAUUCUGAAAUAGAGGAAGAAACUGAUUUCAUAUUCAGUACAUUGGCAACUUGGACAGAAACUCAGCCUGACUUUAUUAAACAAUUCGCAAACAUAUUGAUAGAUUAUUACAAUCAAUAAUUUAACACAUGUU